AUGAGCAAACAAAAAUCGACAACAACUGUUAUCAGUGGUGCAGCAGCGAUGCCUAGCACCACCACUAUUACCAACGCGAACAAUUGUGCUGCUGCUGUGCUGCCUCGACCUAAGCGUCGAGAGCUUCAAAACUCUCUGCUGGUAUGGCUUGAUACCAAUUUCGAUGAAUCCAAAGGCGACUAUAAAAAAUCAAUACAACAUUUACGAAAUAUUUUAGAAACAGUGACAACAUUUACAGACAUUGACGAAUGUAUUGAUUUUCUAAGUGAUAUUGAAAAUGAAAAUGUAUUUAUGAUCAUCUCUGGUGCCCUGGGACAACAUAUAAUACCGGUAAUUCAAGAAUGCCCACAGUUAGUCUCAAUUUAUAUUUUCUGUGAUAACCAAUUGAUUCAUGAACGAUGGGCCAAAACAAUUGCUAAAGUAAAAGGUGUGUACACACAAAUUGAACCGAUUUGUGACGCAUUACAAAUCGAUCGAAGAAAUUGUGAUCAAGAUAUGAUCUCGAUCAGUUUUAAUCGUAUUGAUCCGUUAUUUAUGUAUACACAAUUGCUAAAAGAAGCACUCUUGGAGAUCGAAGAUGACGAUGUCAAAUCGAUUAAAGAACUUGUUGAAUACUGUCGCCUUCAAAGCGAUGCUUCCGAAAAAACACUUGAAAAGAUUGAAGAAGAAUAUCGUAAACAUUCACCCAUUUGGUGGUACACAGGUCCAUAUUUUAUCUACUCAAUGCUUAAUUGUGGUCUUCGACAAAUGGAUGUCGAUAUUAUCCUGAAGAUGGGCUUCUUCAUCCGACAUCUACAUCAGCAUAUUACCGAACUACAUCACGAACAAAAAGGCAGCAUGCCAACAAAUUUUCAAGUCUUCCGUGGACAAGGUUUGUCCAUGGAAGAUUUUGAAAAAAUGAAAAAAACCAAAGGAGGACUUAUGUCCUUUAAUAAUUUCCUGUCAACAAGUCGUAAUCGCGAGAUAUCUUUCAAAAACUUUGCACGACCAGCAGCAUUUAAUUCAAAUUCAGUUGGCAUCCUUUUCAUUAUGAACAUUGACACGGCUAUUUGUACAAAUUCAUCGACACCAUUUGCUGAAGUAAGCAAAGUUGGUUACUACAAAGAUAAAGAGGAAGAAAUACUAUUUUCAACACAUGCGAUUUUUCGUAUCGAUCGCAUUGAACGAAUUCCCGAUAAUCACUCUGAUCGGCUAUACGCAGUCACUCUCACUAUUGUGGGUAAUGACAAUCAUGAAUUGAACACACUUACUGCACAUAUACGUAAGGACCUUGGUGGUCGCACAGGAUGGUCUCAACUUGGUCUCAUACUUAUUAAAGUGGGCGAACCUGCAAAAGCUGAACAACUCUAUCAGAUUCUCCUCGCAAAGGCGUCUUCUGAUCAAGAUCGAGCGGAAUACAAUCAUCAACUUGGCUGGGUGUAUAAAGACAUGGGCGAGUACUCAAAAGCACUUUUAUAUUAUGAAAAAUCACUGGAUAUUUACAAGAAAAUUCUCUCUCCAAAUGAUCUCAGUUUGGCUAGUUCCUACAACAACAUCGGUGCGGUGUAUUAUAACAUGGGCGAGUACUCAAAAGCACUUUCAUCGUAUGAACGAUCACUUGAAAUCCAGAAAAUAGCUCUCCCUCCGAAUCAUCCCGACUUGGCUGCUUCCUAUCUCAACAUCGGUACGGUGUAUUAUAAGAUGGGCGAGUACUCAAAAGCACUUUCAUCGUAUGAACGAUCACUUGAAAUCCAGAAAAUAGCUCUCCCUCCGAAUCAUCCCGACUUGGCUUCUUCCUACGAAGGUAUCGGGUUGGUGUAUAAUGACAUGGGCGAGUACUCGAAAGCACUUCUAUCGUAUGAACGAUCACUUGAAAUCCAGAAAAUAGCUCUCCCUCCGAAUCAUCCCGACUUGGCUGCUUCCUACAACAACAUCGGCUUGGUGUAUGAUAACAUGGGCGAGUACUCAAAAGCACUUUCAUCGUAUGAACGAUCACUUGAAAUCCGUAAAAUAGCUCUCCCUCCGAAUCAUCCCGACUUGGCUGCUUCCUACAACAACAUCGGCUUGGUGUAUAAUAACAUGGGCGAGUACUCAAAAGCACUUUCAUCGUAUGAACGAUCACUUGAAAUCCGUAAAAUAGCUCUCCCUCCGAAUCAUCCCGACUUGGCUGGUUCCUACAACAACAUCGGUAUGCUGUAUGAUAACAUGGGCGAGUACUCAAAAGCACUUUCAUUUCUUGAAAAAGCACAUGAAAUUGAUCGCAAAACAUUGCCACCAAAUCAUCCACAUAUCGCACAAUCGAAAAGAAACAUUGAAAAUGUAAAAAAGAAAAUGUAA